AUGGAGCUAAUUAAACAAGAUGCAGUGACAGAUUCAGGCUGUGGGAACCCACAACAACUAACUGGACCUUUUGGGGAAUUCACUAGUAUAAACUACCCAAGCAGCUAUGACAAUGGCAAAAGCUGCUCCUGGCAAAUAACAGUGAAUCCAGACAAGGUUAUCCAGUUGUGGUUUGAAGAAUUCUCGCUGGAGGAUACCAGCCUGUGUACCGGGGAUUCUGUCACUGUAAGGGACAACCUCGGACUUCUGGGAAAGCUUUGCGGCUACUCAAAACCCAAGACAUUCUUUUCACUGGGGAACACCUUGCUGGUGCACUUUGUGAGCAAUGACAAGCGGACUGACACCGGGUUCAAGGCCAUGUACAAGGCUGUGAAUCCAGACAAGGUCACUGAAAUAGCGGAUGCUGGUGGACAUUUGCAAGGUGACCGUGGAGAUCUACUUAGCCCUGGCUUUCCUGAAAAAAACUAUGAAAACGAUGUCCUUUAUCAGUGGAAGAUUACUGUGCCUGCAGGGGAACGGAUUAAGCUGGCGUUCUCUUUCUUCGAACUGGUGCCGGCAGGCUGCAGUGACUAUGUGGACGUGUUUGAUGGACAUCUUGCUGGCUCUCAGCAUUUGGGUCACUUUUGUGGUGGUCAUUUUCCUUCACCACUGGUGUCUACUGGCAAUACCUUGGUGUUUCGAUUCAAAUCCGAUUCCCAAAACACCUCAAAGGGUUUCCAUGCAACCUACACUGUCUACAGACAACAGGCAAGCACCACUCCAGGAGCUGCUUCCACUAAACCCACUACAACUAAAACAACAACAACCACGACAGCAAAGCCCAUAAGUACAUUACCGCCCCCUGUUGACUCUGGGUGUGACAGCAGUGGUGAUCUGUAUAGCCGCAAGGGAACAAUCCAUUCCAAGCACUACCCAGAAUCCUACCCUGCAGACCUGCACUGUACCUGGAACAUAACCGCCCCCCAGGGACUCCUUGUUAAAUUAACAGUAACAGACUUGGCUAUUGUGGGGGAUCCGGGUCAAUGCAGCGGAGACAAACUUGAAGUAUCAGACAGCUUGGAGCUACUAGGUUCUUACUGUGGAUUCAUUCUACCUCCAGUGGUUGUCAGCUCCAGCAACAGACUCUUCCUGAGGUUUCAGUCAGAUGGACGCUUGGCUGACCAUGGAUUCAGCGCAAAGUGGGAGGCAGUAUAUCCGGAGGACACUGAAGAAAUCCAAGGAUGUGGCGGCACCUUUCAUGAGGAGGUGGGUGUGAUCAAGUCCAAGAACUGGCCGAAGAACUACCAGGGAAACAGUUUGUGCUUGUGGACUGUCGAGGUACCUGCAGGGAAGAGGAUUACUGUGAAUUUCACCCAUUUUGAGGUGGAGGAACCAGCUCCAUUUACCAAGAAAUGCUUUGAUUACCUGGUCAUUUACGAUGAGGCAGAAAGUAUUGCAGAGAAGUAUGGUCCAUAUUGUGGAACUAAACUCCCACCAGCAAUUACAUCCAAGGGAAACAAGUUGGUGAUGCGCUUCAACGCAGAUUUCUUCACUGAAGCACAAGGAUUCCGAGCCUACUGGACAACAGAUCCCACAGUACCACCUCCUACAGAGGUCCCACCACAGCCUAACCCCUGGGAUAACAUUCUUAUUGACUGGCCAACAAAUUGUGGAGAGCCCACCAUUCCACCUCAGAUCAAUACACGUAUUGUAAAUGGAGAGCCUGCUAAACCAAACUCUUGGCCUUGGCAAGUUUCCAUGCAGGUGUGGCCAGCAAGUCGCAAUGAGACUGUUUUCUUCCAUACUUGUGGUGGAACUCUCAUUCAUAAGAACUGGGUCCUCACAGCAGCACAUUGUUUCAUCAACUAUGCCAACGAGCUCCACCGUUGGCAGAUGUGCCUGGGCAAACACAACCUGACUUAUGAAGAGCCGGGUGAGCAGUGCUUCGCUGUGCUGGGGAUCUAUCGGCACGAGAGCUUCCAGUACCCACAGGUGCCCUCAGUGGAGUUCGACAUUGCUCUGGUCAGGCUGGAUGGAGAGGUGAUAGCCAACCCCCACAUCAACUUCGCCUGCCUUCCACCCGCAGACGAGCUGCAGCUCCCAGGCAAGAAGUGCUAUGCAACAGGCUGGGGGGAUGAGACAGGUAACUCCCAAGCUCCAAAAGUUGCAGAGUCCCUCAAUCAAGUUGCCCUCCCAAUUGUUCCCUACGAGACAUGCAAAAGGAUUGACUACUGGUGGUUCCAGGUGAAAACGUCCAUGAUUUGUGGUGGCUAUACGCGUCCUGAUGAGUUGAAGUCAGUUUGCCAGGGAGACUCUGGAGGGCCCCUUGUUUGCCAGUCCACAAUCAAUAACUCCCUAUGGGAAGUUCAUGGCAUUACCAGCUUCGGACCCAUUGGUUGCAUUAUGGACAAGAAGCCCAGUGUCUUCACUCGCACCUCUGCAUACAUCCCUUGGAUAGAACAAGUUAUCAAGAAGAACAUCUAUGACUUAAACACCUCUGGCUGUGGUGGAGCAAAGGAACUGUUGGGCACAGGAGGAACGUUUUCCUCCAUGCGGUAUCCGCUCAGUUAUAGAAACAAUGGCGUCUGUGUGUGGAAUUUGAGAGCCCCAGCAGGGGAAGUUGUCCAUCUGCAUUUUCAGAGCUUCUCUCUGGAAGACAGCUUGAAUUGUGUCAAUGACCAAGUCACCCUCUCAGAUGAAAUAAGCAACAUAGGGAUCCACUGCAGUAAAACAACACCUUCAGAUGUAGUAAGCAUCGGCAACACUAUGACAGUCCAUUUUACCUCGAACGCCAAGACUGUGGAUAUUGGUUUCUUAGCUACGUGGAAAGCAAUAGAUCCGUCGGUUGUUCCCAGUAUUGCUGGCUGUGGAGGUCAUUUUACCAGUGAACAAGGAGAGCUUGUGUCACCAGGCUGGCCCAAUGGCACUUACCCCCCACAGAAGCUCUGUACAUGGCACAUUACAGUGGGACCUAGCAAGACAAUUCACAUAAAGUUCACACACUUUGAGCUUCAAGGUGUAAACCUAUUUGGUAGCUGUGUGGAUUAUGUGGAUGUGUAUGAUGGAGACCAUGCAAAUGCUACUAAAUUAGGUCGGUUUUGUGGACUUUUGGCCCCACCUGUACUGACGACAACAGGAAACAAAGUGGUGAUUCGAUUCUACAGUGGCAGUGAAUAUGUGGAGAAAGGUUUCCGUGGAUACUGGACAACUGAUCUUUUUGUUUUUCCAACCUUGCUACCCAAACCCUCUAAUCCCUGGGACAAUGUUUCUAUCAACUGGCCCUCAAACUGUGGUACCCCUGCUAUUCCCCCGCGUACCCAAAUUGCAAGAGUAGUGAACGGUGAAGAGGCAAUUCCCCAUUCAUGGCCCUGGCAAGUAUCAGUGCAGGCUCGAAUCAUAGAGGUUGUACCAUUCCAGCAUGUGUGUGGAGGCACUCUCAUUCAUGAAGAAUGGGUCCUUACAGCUGCUCACUGUUUUCAGCAGUUGUCAAGACCCAACAAUUGGCAAAUGUGCCUUGGCAAGCACAACAUGACUUUUUUGGAGCCCACUGAGCAGUGCUCUGGCAUAGAUGCCAUCAUUAUCCAUGAGGGUUUCCGGUAUCCAGAGGGAAAUGAUAUUUCUAAUGACAUUGCCUUGAUUCACUUGAAGCAAAAAAUCAACAUGACCAGAGAAAUCAGCCCUGCGUGCCUACCAAGCUCUACAGAUAUACUGCCCAAAGGAAAGUUCUGCUAUGUGACUGGGUGGGGGGAUGAUAAGGGUUCAGCCUUACCAGUUGUUGCAAAGAAAUUAAAUCAGGCCCCAUUGCCCAUUGUUCCUUAUGAAACCUGUAGCAAACCUGUCUACUGGUGGAACCAGGUUAGACCCUCCAUGAUCUGUGCAGGGUUCGAGACCCCCAAUGAACUCAAGUCUGCCUGUCAGGGUGAUUCUGGGGGGCCACUUGUCUGCCAAUCAGAGAGUAAUAAAGCUGUCUGGAAGGUCCAUGGAGUUAUCAGUUUCGGGCCGCGUGGCUGCGUAGUGGACAAAAAACCCUCAGUUUUUACCAGAGUGUCUGCCUUUAUAGACUGGACUGAAGACAUCAUUAGGAAAUUCAUUCAUGAAAAGAACAUUCCUUGA